AUGGAAGGUGAUUUCGACUGCGUUCCUGUAUGGAGUGAUGAAGGAGAAGGUGUUCUGGGCGCUGUUCCAGAAGGCGUCAAGAUGGAAGGUGAUUUCUGA